AUGUUUGCUGAGGUUGAUGAAGGCUAUGAUAAAUCGCCAUCUUCGACAUCAUAUGUGCGUAAUUAUCCAACAUUUGUAGCAGACGAGGACGGGGGAACCUUCAUCGAACCUCAAAAAUCGAUUAUGAUGUUUCCGCAGCGACUGGAUUUGAGCAGUCUGAAUCACAAUAAAACUGAAACAAGGAUCAAAAACCACUCGAAAUCUUAUUUAAAAGAUGAUUCCGACUUGAAAGAAUAUAAAAAGAAAUUAAAAAAUGUGUGUGGACAAAUUACAAGAAAGCUGGAGAUUCAUAGAAGCGCUUCGCUUUCUUCGUCCACAAGUGAUAGAGGUUCUUCAAUUUCAACACAAUCGUCUACUGAUCAUAGAUCUUUGACAAUUGAGAUAGAGCGCGCAAAAAGGCUCAUCAAACGGAUAGAAAAGCCCAAAUUGAGCGACACUAGAAUAUUCGAUGAUAGCCAUUUUCGGCUAGCUGAUGAGGAGACCGAUGAGGACGAGACGAGACCGCCGUCGAGUGAGUCAUCAUUGUGCUACCACGAGAUGGCGAGAGCAAGUCAACGUCAAUUGCGCGAUGUGAUAUCGGAGUUGACGGAUGUCGGCGUGCAGGAGGCGGAAAACGCGCGACGACGAAUUCGAUGCGACGCGGCCACUAAUACAAGCGUAGUUCUCACUGAGGAUGAUAUUCGCCGAUUCAAUGGUGGAGGUGAAAAUCGAACAUUGCGGAGCAGCUCAAGCUCGGCGAAAGACUCGAUUCGAGAAGCAUUUGAGACGUUCGGCAUCGAAAAUGAUGAGACGCCCAUAUUACGAACGAACCAAUCGAAUAAUGGCUCUGAGCGGAUCGAGGUCGCGCGAAAUGCAAGCUCGGUGCACAAUUUGAACACACGCCCAAGAAUACAAAAACCACUCCAUCAUUCACUUUCAUCUAUGGCAAUCGCUCCAGCUCGCGUUUACAUCGAUCAAGAUCACAACAGAUCGCUGCCACUGAUUCCACGAUUCACUGUCAAACAGUCGACUCGCGACAUUUUCAAAGAGCCGCUCGAUAUUGAUAAUAUUUGUGGGAAAGGUCUGCGAAGAAACCCGAAAAGUUCGGUAAAAAUAUUUGGCGGCGCGCAAGUGGCGCAAACGGUUCAUGGAGUCGUUGAGAAGCCGAGCUCGUCGAGAGGACGAUCGCGGAAUGUCGGAGAAUUGUCGGCGCGAGCGACGGUUGCGUCGUCGGCGAAACAUCGAAGCGUUUCGAAGGGAAGAGCCGAGAAUCAGAAUCCGCCGUAUUGCAGCGCGACGCAGAAGCUCAACGGCGUGGCGCAUUCGAUUGGAACCGUCGGACAACAAUUGAUUGGCACGAUCAAAUCGCUAUUCCCGGACCUUCUCGCGCUUGGCCAUCGAAUUUUGCGCGAGCCAUCCGAGACGGACGUCGCCGUCGUGUUCCGCGACGAACUUCGCCGCCAACUCGCGCACAUCGAGCGAAAAUACCGCGAGAAUUGCGCGACGAGCGACGACGAGUCCGACGAAAUGCUGACGAAACUCGGAGUUGUCGAGCGCGUUCGCGAGAAGCUCGACCUUUUGCUGCUCGGCGGCGGUCAACGCUCGCGCGUUCAACAAUUGAAAUUAAUAAAUUCGGCGCUAUUAAGCGCCUAA